AUGGAACAAAUCAAUGAAAUUAAAUCAUCACUUCAACCAAAAUUGGAAGAUGUUGGUAAUUACUUGAAUGAUUUAAAAACUACUUUACCUAAAGAAAUUGAAGCAUUCAUCUUAGAUCUCAAGACUACAUCAAAAGAUGAUUUAUUAAAUGACUUCAAUGCUUUAAAGAUAACUCCUGGAACUAUCACAGUUUCCAUCAUUGGUUUAACCAGUGUAUUGAUUAUUGGUAAAAUCUUAUUCAGUAGCUUAUCUUCAUCAACCCCAGUUGUUAAUGAUGACAAAAAGAAGAAGAAAAAGAAGGUUUCAAGAGCUCAAAAGAUUAAUAAACAAAUCCAAGAUGUUUUAGAUGAAUUCGAAAGUAAAUGGGUUCCUGAAAUUAAUGAAUAUUUAGUCAAUUAUAAAGAAUUAUCUGAAGAAAAGGUUGAAUAUCAAUAUAAAUACUUCCAAGAAAUGUUAUUGAAAGAAUUAAUGAAAUUAGAUGGUAUUGAAACUUUAGGUAAUGAAAUUAUCAGAGAAAAUAGAAGAAAAGUCAUUCAAUUUAUCCAAGAUCAUCAAAAAAGAUUGGAUUCUUUCAAGAAAGAAAUCGAUUUAUAA